GCUGUGGCUACCUGGAGCUUGUAUUGGUGCUUGAUAGAUGACAGCUGUAAACGGGCUCAGUCGCUUCGAAGGCGCACUUAACGGCGAAAGCUCGGCGGGGGAUUAACGUAACUCACCGUUUUUACAAUGGUGAUGGGUAAGGGCUUGGCCUCAGGUGGGUUGGUUCUGUUGGGUUUGUGGUUGUGUGUCCAUUCGGUGCCCAUCAGUGUGGAAAAGACCACAGGAAAGCCUGAGGUGGAAGAGCUGGAGCCACCCAGAAGCACUGACACGGGGCUGCACUAUGACCGCUAUCUCAGGGAAGUCAUCGAGUACCUCGAAAAAGAUCCCCAUUUCAGAGAGAAGCUGAAGAACGCCGACAUGGAUGACAUCAAGCAAGGCAAACUUUCCAAAGAGCUGAACUUUGUCCAGCACAAUUUUCGGUCUAAGCUGGACGAGCUGAAGAGGGAAGAAAUAAACCGGUUGCGAAUGCUCAUCAAAGCCAAACAUGACACUGAGGAGCACAACGGCCAAGCCAUGGACCACCAGACUCUGCUGAAACAGUUUGAACACCUCAAUCAUAUGAACCCACACACGUUUGAGGUGGACGACCUGGAUCGUCUCAUCCAGUCGGCAACCAAAGAUUUGGAGAACUUUGACAAAGAACGCCAUGACGAGUUCAAAAAGUACGAGUUGUUGAAGGAGCAUGAAAGGAGGGAGCGUCUGAAGGGCAUGAGCGAGGAAGACCGCAAGAAAGCUGAGCAACACUAUGAAGAGAUGAAGAAGAAGCACGCUAAUCAUCCGAAAGUCAACCACCCGGGCAGUGAAGACCAGCUGAAAGAGGUGUGGCAGGAAACCGAUGGUUUGGACCCCCAAGACUUUGAUCCCAAAACCUUUUUCAAAAUGCAUGACAGCAAUGGAGAUGGCUUCUUUGAUGAAAGUGAGCUUGAAGCUCUCUUCACUAAGGAGCUAGAGAAAGUGUACAACCCUGACAACGAAGAGGACGAUAUGGUUGAGAUGGAGGAAGAGAGACUGAGAAUGAAGGAGCAUGUUAUGAAUGAGGUGGACACCAACAAAGACAGGCUUGUGUCCUUCAGCGAGUUCAUGGCAGCCACCAAGAAAGAGGAUUUCGCUGAAAAAGACGAGUGGGAGACUUUGGACCAGAACCCGAUAUAUACCGAGGAGGAGCUGAGAGACUACGAGCAGCAUUUGGCCAACGAGGAAAGUGACAUCAGCAAGAAGUCCGUUGAGCUGCAGAAACAAAGAGAAGAACUUGAGAGACAACAGGAAGAGCUGAAUAAUCAGAAGUUGGGGCUAAAGCAGGCAAUGGAAGAAAUGGAAAGGAUUAAAUCUCAAAAAGCUGAGAUAAAACAGCCAGGGUCUCUAGUUACUGAAGGACAAGCCACGCUGGUCGUACCGGGAAACAGUCAACCUCUGCCCCCUGGUCACCAGCAACAAGAUGUACCGAUCCCAGGACAUUCUUAGCAGAACUCGCUGCGCUGAGUGUUGGCCUAGUCAGCUGAAUGAGCCAGACUUGAAUGGAGGGGGGCUGCUGGAGUUUAGUGUGGACAAUGGACCCUUUUGUUUUGUUUUUUUGCAGUUUUGACCUCUUAUCACAACAAAAACUCUGUUCUGGUCUGCAGUGGUCUGAUCAUUAAGAUUUCUGGUGCAAACUGUACUUUGCUGUGGCUUACGCCAAUCCUCACAAAAAAUACUUUAAAAAAAAGUAUAUUUUUCCAGAAAGCAUUUGUUUUAGAAAAUUUUACUUCUGCAAAUCUGAGGUAGAAUAGAGAUGAAACUACUAUGUGUCCUUAGAACCAGAUGGAGUUAAACACUGUAUAAAUUAUUUAAAUCUUUUCUUUUAUUACAUUUUUGCUGUUAUGGACCAUUGACUCAAGUGCUUGUUUUGAUUGUAUGUUUUAGUGUUUAAACUCCUUCGUAUAAGUGUCAUUUUUUCUGAUAAAGCAAUGUUUAUUUUCUAAAACCACUUACGAUCCUUCAGUAAUGGUAUAAUUCAAAAGACAAAAACACUUGUAUUUUUUUUAAUUAAAUUUUUAUUUUUAUGCAGAAUUAUUACCGAUAAGAAAAUUUCACUUUUUUUUUCAUGUUGAUGUCUGCUAUAUUUUUGUUUCUAUUCUAAACACCUGUUUACCCCUUCAAAAAACUAAGAUCAUCCAACAUCCUGUGAAUUGAAAUCACUACAAUACUGUAGGUGAAUGUUAACAAUAAAGCAAAUGUAACUUUA